CCAGAUUAAGGUUCUGGUCCGAAAGGGCGUGGGUUCAAAUCCCACUUUCAACAAAUCUUUUUAAUCUAUUUACUAAUUAAUUGAUUUUUUUAUUAUACAAUUUUAAAAGUAAUUCCUCACCAAAACAAUUCUAAUUCCAGAGACUCCGACUGUAACUGAAACAGAGAAAGCGAAAUGGAAAUGGAAAUGAAAAUGGAGGACAGAGAAGAUCUGAACUCCAUCUUACCCUACUUGCCAUUGCUUUUACGCUCCUCAACCCUAUUCUGGCCUUCUCAAGCCAUUGAAAUACUCAAGCUACUUGCUGCUGGACCUGACCGUAGCCGUCUUAACUCCGGAGACCUUUUCUUCCGCACCAUUACUGACCUCAGACGCUCUCUUUCUCUCUCUUCCGACCCAUUGGCCUUUUCUGCUCAUCAAGGUUACGUUAUCUUCUUCGACCAGUUAAUAUCUACGGAGGAAUCGAAGAAAUGGUUUGAAGAGAUUCUUCCGGCAUUGGCGAAUUUACUAUUGCGGUUUCCUUCUUUGCUCGAAUCGCACUAUCAGAAUGCAGAUAAUCUGAUCAAUGGAGUUAAAACUGGUCUUCGUAUUCUUAAUUCACAAGAAGCCGGUUUAGUGGUCCUCAGUCAGGAAUUGAUUGCUGCUCUUCUUGGAUGCUCUCUCUUUUGCUUGUUUCCAGUAGCUAUCAGAGGUGACAAACAUCUUCCAACAAUCAACUUUGAUCAUUUAUUCGCGUCUCUACAUGACAGCUGUGAUCAAAAGCAGCAGAGCAAGAUAAAAUGCAUUAUACACUAUUUUGAACGGAUAUGUGCACAAAUCCCUAGAGGUUCAGUGUCAUUUGAGCGCAAUGUUCUCCCUUUAGAGCAACGUCCUUUAUGUGUUUCCUACCCAGAUGCUAAUUUCUGGAAUGGUUCCUCAAUUCCUUUGUGUAAAUUUGAGGUCUGCAGUUUCGGUUUGAUAGAAGAUCAGUCAAGUGGUGCUCUUGAAGUAGAUUUUGCAAACAAAUAUUUUGGAGGUGGUGCUCUUCACAGGGGCUGUGUACAGGAGGAGAUCCGUUUUAUGAUCAAUCCAGAAUUAAUUGCUGGAAUGCUUUUCUUGCCUGCAUUGGAAGAUAAUGAAUCAAUAGAAGUUGUUGGUGCAGAAAGGUUCUCAAACUAUACAGGGUAUGCUUCUUCUUUCCGUUUUUCUGGUGACUAUGUGGACAAAAAGGAAAUGAACUCUCUUGGAAGACGCAAAACGAGAAUUGUUGCAAUUGAUGCCUUAUGCCACCCGGGGAUGAGACAAUACAAAAUAAAAUACCUUCUCCGGGAGAUUAACAAGGCAUUCUGUGGCUUUAUGGAUCAAUCUAAAUAUGACCAAUAUGAGAGAGGAUUAGUAAAGAAUGAUUGUUCCAGAGAUGAGCAAGACACGGACAUGAAAGACCCCAACUACGAGGGCACAAGUAAUCUUGAAGCAGAAGCUGCCUCAACUUCCAUUGAAACAUUGGAAGAGUUUGUAGACCCAAUGACAGAAACAUGUCAGGAGAAUGCUCAUCUGCCUCUGAAAAAUCAAGACGAUAUAGGGAUUGCAACAGGAAAUUGGGGAUGUGGUGCUUUUGGAGGAGACCCUGAACUGAAGACCAUAAUUCAAUGGCUUGCAGCUUCUCAGGGCCGAAGACCUUUUAUCACCUACUACACAUUUGGCUUGCGUGCAUUGCAGAACCUAGAUCAGGUGAGUGAAUGGAUUUUGGUGCAUAAAUGGACUGUUGGGGAUCUGUGGAAUAUGGUAGUGGAAUAUUGUAUGCAAGUGUUGAAGGGAGAAACUUAUGAUGGCUUCUUCACUUGGCUACUUCCUUCGCUAUCGAGCCAUGAUGAAGAGGGAGAGUAAAUUAGGACAAGAACAAAUGGACAAACAAAACUGUGGUUGGUUGCUGUAGCUGCUGCUGCUCUUAUUUUUUAUAAUGUUAUUUUAUCAUUUAUAGAUUCUAGAGGGGUGAGUGAGAAAUUCAGCUUUAAUGAUAAAAAAAUGGGUCUUUUUCAUUUUUACA